CGCGGUCGGUUUGGUUGGAUUCUCUCCAGCAGCGCAGCUGCGACCAAACCGCGCGACUUGUGACUUGACUGGCCUCACGACGACGACGACGAAAACGACGUCGACUCAGUCGCAAUUAAGUCAUCGGAGGAAUUAGCAGUCUCACUCGGUCGGUCGCACAUAUUUCCUUGUUUUAGUCGCGCGAUUUUUGGUAGGAAUAAGACGUGGUUUCGGUUGGUCGAUUCGCGAUCCUCGCCAUCGGAAUGUCUCACCGUGAGAUGGAGUUCGAGGAGCUACUGUUCUACGUGGUGGAGCUCAAGGACAAGCUGAACGCCAAGCUGGAUGGCCAAACGGCCAAGAUCAAUCACCAGAGCACGAUCAUCAACCAGCAGGGCCAGAUCGUGGACGAACUGUGCUGGCAACUGCGGGAGUUAAGUGAGAAGAUGAGGGAACUGCGCGUGGAGAAUCGUCGGCUCAAGGACCGGUUGGGACGGAUCUGUCCGGAGUGCACCGGGUGCCACUGUGGAACGUACACCAAUCACAUCGCCGAUAAGUACAACUCGAUGGUGGUGGACGAUGACAAACGCGCAAAAUCGCAGACCGAUGAGGGAAGUGUGAAAUCGGUUGAACAAGGUCAAUUAGAGCAAUCUGAUCAACUACGGCGACAGACGUACACGAAGAUCGAUGGAUACAGCCAGGUGGAGAAGAAGCGUGACGCCAGCACGAAGAAGAGAUGGAUUUUUGGGGGAUCGGACAAGAAAGAUUCCUCAGCACCAACGGCACCACCUUCAUCGAUCACAAGCAGUAAAACAACCUGGUACGUGGAUGACGAAAGCAUCUACGAACCGAUAGAACUAUCUGCCAAACCGACGACCCGCGCCACGCUGGAAAAAGUCAGCGCAGAAGUCUCAUCUAUCGCACCACAACCAGCGCCUCGAAGGCUCUACGCGGCCCCGGCCGUAGACAACCUGACCCAGUACUUCCAGGAUGACGCCACCAGCAUCGGCAGCGACGUCCAACUGGAGGAAAUCACGGAAGAAGACGAGGAUGACGAUGAGGACGGUGAUGUUAUGCUACGGCCUAGCCAUGUGAAACAGUUUGGACCGGAAUCGCAGAGGGGCAGCAGCAAGGUAGCAUGCAGUCGAAUCGCGGACCUGGACCUCUCGUACCUCCCGGAAGAGCAGAGCAUUUCGACGGAAAACCUUGUACGGUUCACGUUCAGCAGUCGACCGGCAACGGCCAUUCCCGCCACAACAACCACCACCGGAGGUGAAAGGACCUCGUCGGACAAUCGAAGGCACGCCAUCCGUUCGUACAUGUGAUUUUGAUGUGUGUAAUCCUAACUACAUAUAUUUAACUAAGUUAGUCAGUAGUAUACCAUAUAGCCUAGCGCAAUGAUGCAACCUUCCAAAGAAUAGCACGCUUCAAACAAACUUCCAACUCCUAUGUGAUGUGUGUCGUGUCAUCUUCCUUCAACUGAAACCUAGUUUGUCGGCAAUACGCGAAACUGGUAGCAGAGUGACGGUCGGGUCGGACAUACAUCGACAUUUAUCGAGGUCAACAGCUUUUCGCGUUGUUAUAGCAUUUUUGUAAGGAUGCCUUCCGUCCGCGAACACAGCCUUCAACAUGUAGGUACAUACAGUGCAAACGAACAAAUUGCAAACGGGAAAUGUAUGUCAGCGGAACGGCAGACGAAUGCUCGCUCGCUACAAGUCCUGCCCUAAUUGUAUAACUAGUAGAAGGCGAAUGGCGAUGGGUGGGUGGAAGGAUAAUCCCGAAUCGCUUUUCAUCAGGUAGCGUACAUUGUACAUAAGUAGAUUAAGUAGAACUGAACCAGAUGCCAGUGAUAGCUGAAAAGAAGGCAGAGGCAAUAAAUAUACGCUCGUUAAAAGAACAAAUUAAAACAUCUCAUUUGGAAA